CUUUUCGUCUAUUGUGUAGAUACUCGUGAAUGCAACGCAAUGCCCUGCAAGAACAACGGAACCUGCUUGGAUGGUACAGACUAUUUCGAGUGCACUUGUCUUCCGGGAUUCAAUGGAACAAAUUGUGAAAUCGAAGUGGCAGAACUUGCUAAUCCAGGAUAUUCCAAUGUCCUCUCCAUGGAACUUCAACUUGUGUGGGACUUCCCAGUUCAAGGCAAUGACGACGACAUCAAAUGCAUUGCCAAAUACGGGAUUCAAGACACCAAUGAGGCAGAGCAAGAUGUGGGAGGUACAUCACCGGGUGUCGCGGUGACGGACUUGGAGCCCUACACCACCUACAACUUUCAGCUGAUCUGUGUGAAUCUUGCUGGAAGCAGCGAGCCUCUGGACUUUCCACCCCAACGCACCCUAGCUGGAAGUAUGAUCACUAUCUUGCAUGUAUAUUCAUUCUUAUGUCACCCUAAAUUAAAAAGUCACGUAUGUAUUUAA